AUGACAAAUUCCAAUUUUGAUAAAGAAUUUUUAGAUUUACAAAAACGGCUUGAAAAAUUAAAACAGCCAAAUACUAUAUCUCAAGUUACAGAUGAAGAAUUAUCUAAACGGUUUUCCGAAUUAUUUGAAAAGACCACAGUUAAAACUUCAAAUAGCAUUAAUAACACUGACACUAAAGAAAUUGUUACAAACUCAUUAAAUGCUAAUAGUGAUAAUAAGUCUUAUAAGAUAAUAUUAGAUAGACCACCGCCUAAAGCAGUUGAUUUGUCAGAUUUUAUUCUUCCAGAUGAAGAUGUAGAGGAUUGGUGCUGUAUUUGUAAUGAAGAUGCCACAAUUAGAUGUAAAAAUUGCGACAAUGAUUUGUAUUGCAAAAAUUGUUUUAACGAAGGUCAUCUUAGUAAAGAAUCAGAUUUUGAAAUGAAAUUUCAUAAAUACGAAAAAUAUGAAAAAAGAAAUACGAAAAAAAAACCUGUCAAAGAAAAAAAUUUAAGCAAGAAAACUCCUAUAAAACAAAUGAGUGACAAUAAUAUAGUAAAUGGUAAAAUUUCCGGUCUUGAUGAUGAUGACAGUAAGAAAAAAGAAGUAGGAAAGGAAGAAAAUGGAGAAGAAAAGGAAAAAGAAAAGAAUGAAAAAGAGAAGAAUGAAAAAGAAGAAAAGGAAAAAGAAAAGAAUGGAAACGAAGAAAAGAAUGGAAACGAAGAAAAGAAUGGAAACGAAGAAAAGAAUGGAAACGAAGAAAAGAAUGGAAAAGAAGAAAAGGAGAAAGAAAAGGAAGAAAAGGGAGAAGUUAAGGUUGAAGAUGAAGACGUUAAAGAAGAAACUACCACUGUUCCUGCUAAUAAUAACAUCAGUGAUACUAAUAACAAAGAGCAAAUAAAAACUUUGGAAGUAAACGAUAAACAAAAUUCGCAGCCAAUUGUCAACAAUGUAAAUAAUAGUAAAGAACAUCAACAAAGUGAGCCUAUUUCACCAAACUCAGUAAUUUCAACAACUUCAGGCGAACCAAAGAAAUUUGAUUUUAUGAAAAAAUUUGUCUCAAAAUUUGUUAAUCCAAGUGUUGGCACUAAUGCGGGCAAUAAUUUUACUGCUAAUAAUGAUUCUACUUCCCGAUCCCCCGAGUCACAUCCUAUUCAAACACCUGUCACAGACAUUCCUCCUUUAACAUUAGAUUCUAAAUUUCAAAAUUCUUCUGUAGACACUACCACCAAUACAAACGACAACAAUUUAUCUAAUAUAACAGAAGAAGAACGUUAUGAAAGUCCAAAAGAAAUAAAGAUUGAAAACAAUAAAGUUAAUGAUGUUCAAGCUCAUGAAGUGGUUGAAUCCGGUCAACCAGUAACACCUACUAAUAAUGAAGCAAAUACACGAAGUCCAAGUCAAUUUUCUAAGAUCACCAAUAGAUUAGGCAAUGUUUUUAAACGUUCUGCCACAACUGUUGUGGAGAAAUUACGUGAAGAGUUUGAUGAAUUAGAUAGACGUAUGUAUCUAAAAGAAUCUGAUAUGUAUGAAGAAGAAUCGGGUAUUAUAGAUGACCAAAAUGCUGAUAUAAAAUCUAAUGGAAUUGCUGAACGUAAUCAAUUAUUAGAAGGAUCAAAUGUUAAUGAUAAUGAAUUAACAAAUGGUUUGACUAAACAAACACAGUCAACUCACCAAGCGUUGGCUGAGGCAACAAAUGCACUCAAUGAACGUGGUGAAAAACUUGACCAAGUUAAUGAUAAGGUUGAAAGUUUAGCAUGCAGUAGUAAUGACUUCUUAAGAAUGACAAGGGAAUUAAGCGAACAACAACAAGCAAAAGAUAAAAAAUGGUUUCCUUG